UUUCAAUGGGAAAAAAAGGGAACAAAGAAGUUCAGAGAAUCUGCCGCUACUGAGCAAAUGAUUUGCUACCGGUUUGAUCUUUCAGAAAAAAGAAGUAUUUGCUACCGGUUUGGUUCUUUGUCGUGAUCGCAAGUAAUCUUACCAACCAAAUAAUCAGCUCAUGAACCACAAAAAAAAAACCUAUAUCACAUUUGCAACCUACCAUAAUUCAGAAGAGACAAUGCUCUGAACCUCUUUGCCAUGAAGAAUACCAUACGUUUCGCCUCUCUUUAACCACCACGUUGAAUGAAAAUCCAUGUGUUAAUUAGGCGACAAGACGAACGGUAUCACCGAUCGGUGAGAUGGAAAGGACGAUGCCGUAGAUCCCCAAAUCUGAAAGAACCCUGCCAAAAACUAAUCAAGUCAAUGCUGCUGCUGCUCCUGCCAUUGCCAACCGCCAGAAGAAAAAUGAUUAGAGCAGCAAUCACACAGGCUAGCUGGUUAAGCAGAGCUGAACUGAUGCAGAAAAUGGAGUAGUUUAUAAUGCAUUAGCCGGUACAGCAUUAUUGUUAAGUGCGUGAUCACAUGUUAGAAGGCUCAACAGCCAUGUUCUGAUGUGAAACCUAUCCUCUGCUCCAUCAGCCAUUGACAUGCUGGAUUCCUGGCCGUCCAAAACUGCAAAGGAUCUGAAAAUGUGAACUGCUGUAGAUCUGUUUCAGAAGCAGAGAAAAUUGUCAAAUGCCAACUAGCCAUUGAUUUGAAGCAAUAAUGAUUGGCAAUGGAGUUUAACAGAUUUGUUUGACUGAAUAUUUUCAGGUGAAGGCAGUAUAUGUUUUAGAUCCAAUUUCUUAGGAUCUGAAAAUCUCCAACCCAUGCUUAACAGACUUUUUCAGUUAUCCGAAACAGAAAAGGCGAACAGAAUCGCCUCAUUGACUGAAUCACGUAACACUAUCUACUUUCCAUAACUCCUAAAAAUCAUGGUCUACUUAAGCUGAUGAAGAUAAAGAAAAAAGGUUCACUGCUUAACCAUUUAAAGCCGAAUGUUGACCGUCUCAAUUAGCAAAGAUAUUUGUUUUCUGCCACUAGCUUGUUCAAUCAUCUCAUAUUUGCAAAAUUAAUUAGUCAUAGUGCUCUAAUAAACAUAUUGUUUUUUUUGCCACUUAACUUGUUCAAUCAUCUCAUAUAUUCCAAAUUAAUUAGUCAUACAGCUCUAAUAAACAUAACUGUAGCCCUAUGAUUAUAUAUAAAAGAAAAAUGAAUUUGCAGGGCUAUUGCUCUGAAGAUCUGCAUUAAGCCAGACUCUGGCCAGCAUUUUCCCCAAGAUGGCAUUAGCAAUCAGAAAUCUAUUCAGAUUCCCCGAACUGGCAACCCCUUUUCUUUACUGACCUACCUGCAGAAACCUCUAAUCAAUUAAUUAUUCAGUUAACACCAUUAGUUACUCCUAGAUCAGAAGAAGGGAAAAAACACAUAGAAAAAUAAUUAAUUAGACUAUUGUAAGGUGGGCCCCACACAAGCUCCCUCCCUAUAAAUUACCCCUCCAUGAACGCCUCCAAAGCUUCAUCACUGCACAAACGCAACAAACGAAGCCCAAAACGCCAAAGAGAGAAGAAAAAAAACACGAAAAAUUUCCCCAAAAAAGUUAGCGACCAAGAAACCGCAGAAAUGGAGGAGCAGCAGCAUCUGCAUCCCGGCGGCGGCGGCGGCAAGAAGUCGAACAAGAUCACCGAGAUCGUGCGGCUUCAGCAGAUGCUCAAGAAGUGGCGCAAGCUCUCCGUCGCGCCGAAAGACGCGGCCGCCACCGCCGGCAAUGGCGGCGGCGGCGAGAGCAAGGCGAAGAAGUUCCUGAAGAGGACGCUGUCGUUCACGGACGGCGGCGCGUCGCCGGGGGGGACGCCGCCGCCGAGGGGGCACCUGGCGGUGUGCGUGGGGCCGACGGCGCAGCGGUUCGUGAUCCCGACGGACUACCUGAAGCACCGGGCGUUCGCGGCGCUGCUCCGGGAGGCGGAGGAGGAGUUCGGGUUCCAGCAGGAGGGCGUGCUCCGCAUCCCCUGCGAGGUGCCCGCCUUCGAGGCCAUCCUCAAGGCCGUCGAGAAGAACAAGAAGGACAACGCCGCCGCCUUCUGCUACUGCAGCUACGAGUACGCCGCCGACGAGGUCGCCCUCGGCGCCCCCAACAACCCAUUGUGCAGAUGAAGAGGAACGUAGUAGCUGCUGGUUUUUAGCAUGGCUGUUGUUCAUCCAUCCAAAAGAAAUGGAUUUUUUUUCUUUUUCUUUUCUUUUCUUAUCGAUUUGUGUUUUUAAGUGUUGUGGAUGGUGAGGGAUGAUUUGAUAGUAUCUCCCCCCUAAGCUUAGAAUUACUGCGUAAUAUUUUUUUUCUUAUUUUGUUGAGUUGAGCUGAUGAUCUGAAUUGGGUAAUGCAGCCCUCAUGGAUGAAAUUAAUGGAAAAUAUUUAUGGUUGAUAUGGAAAUGGAGUAUCUUCGUUUUGAUUUGUUGAA